GCCCUGGGUCCUCCCUGCACCGCGGAACGGCCGUAGCUGUUGCCUCAUUAGAAAUCCUCAACAUUCUCCUUCAAUUCACCUCAUUCGCUCUCAUUCUCUUCCCCCUGAGCGUCGGCCCUCGUCGGGCAGAUAGGGAGGAGGAAGGAGCCGCGGAGGCCCCCAGCGUGAGGCGAGUGGCGGCUGACGUGGCGGCGGCGCUGGGAGCAGGAUGUCGAAGGUCACCUUUAAAGUGACGCUCACCUCGGACCCGCGGCUGCCCUACAAAGUGUUAAGUGUGCCUGAAAGCACGCCUUUCACAGCUGUCUUGAAGUUUGCUGCAGAAGAAUUCAAAGUUCCUGCAGCAACAAGUGCCAUUAUAACAAAUGAUGGAAUAGGAAUAAACCCUGCACAGACAGCGGGAAAUGUAUUUCUAAAGCAUGGUUCAGAUCUACGGAUUAUUCCCAGAGAUCGAGUUGGAAGUUCUUAAUGUCUACUGGAAACUUUUUGAAUAAGUGAUGUUGCUGUGCAGCAAAGGUCUAUUUAUUUUGGAACUCCACAGUGCAACUAAUGAAUUGGCCUUCUUUAAAGCUACCAAAAAUGACUUCCCAGGAUUUGAUCUCUUUUGACACAAAAAUAAGGUUUAGUCUCCUUGUUAAAAUACAUGAAAUCAUGCACUGAUUCUUUCUUCACUAGUAUAUGUAAUGGGCUGAUUCCAUAUUAUGUUCUUGAAAGAAAGAUGGACCUCUCUAAUGGUGUUACUGAAACUGCAAGGGCAAACAUUUAGCCACGAUCACUAGAUAUUUAAAGUAUUUUAUAUACUGUUGGACCUACUGUAUGAAAGGGGGACUUUAUGAUAUUGGUACAGAAAAAAUGUUCCUACUGAGUGCUAGAAAGUUUCUGGGUUUUUUUGUUCUUUUUUCCUAAAAUUCCACGUUUGGAACAGUUUUCCCAUGGUUCAAGUGUUUAGCUCAAAUAGACGGGAGAUUUCAGUGGAUUAUUACUGAAAUAAAUAAAUGCCAAAUGUUCCAAAGUAAUUGUAAGAUUUGAUUGCUGAAAAUAUUUUAGAUAAAAGAGAAAACAGGUAUUGAAAUGCUAAAACUUCAUUUGAUGUUUUGUGAAGUUAAAUACAGUUUCAGAGAAUUUGUGAGACAUAAUCUCAAAUAAAGUGCCAUCAGCUGGGAAGGAUUGCAGUAUAAUUUGUGAAUGUAUAGGUUCUGGUCAAAUAUGUCAUUCCUUUUUCAGUAAAUACUGGUUCUUUGCAAAAGUCUUGUUUUGCUUCUGUGUAUUACAAGGGAAGUUGUAGAAUGCAUUGAAAUGUUUGUGUUUGGAUAACUUCUUGUUUAUAAAUUGCCUGAGGUAAACUAUCAGUCAUGGAUUCUAAUUAGAAAAGUUGCUGCUUUUCUUGAGCUAUUAAUAUUACUUUGUGAUUUAAUCUAUUUGGCCAAAUCUUACCCUGUUACAUUUUGUGUGUCUUACUGAGUUUACAGAAAGUUGAACAAUGGGCAAUGUAGCGCUUGAUUAAAUGAGGAUUGUCUGAAAUACAACUUUGCUGUGCAAUACUUAUGCUCCAGAAGGAUGUUCAGAUUAUGUUUCAAAUAGUGUAGAAGUACAAAAUGCCCUUAUGAGAGGGUAUGAAUUAAGUGUAUAGAGGAAAACUCUUCUGAAAGUGGUAUAUGACUAUAAACAUUUUCAACUCUAAAAUGAAUUGUAAAUUUCUGGAUUUGCCUUUAUUUUAAUAAACAACAAUA